AGGACGGGCCCGAGUCGCGUGAGCCCCCCGCCGGGUGGUGGGGGCGGCUCCUCGGGGGGCGUGGCAGGCAGCCCAGCCCCGGGCCGGGCGCCCGGGCCGCGGCUGUGGCGGAGGCCGAGAGGAGCCUGGACCUCGCCGGCGGGCUCGACGCCGCCAGCGCCCGCGCGCCGAGGCCGCGCUGCGGGCUCUGGCAUCCGCCAACGGCGCGGGCGCUCCGUAGCCUUGGCGCGCACGUGGCGCCGCCGCUGGCGGCCGCUUGCGGCGUCGCUGCGCCAGCUGCGGCGCCGAGGCUGUGCGCCUCCCCCCCAGAUUGGCUACGCGUAAGAUGGACCUUUCGCCUGUCCCAGUUCCCCUCGGGUCAUGCAAAUUCAUGACGGUUUUUCUUGUUGCUCUCUCUCUCUCUCGAUCUUUUCGGCCUUUGGGGGCCCUUCCCGGGUCU